GGCCAAAAGGAGCAGAUUGUUGUCAAAGGGGGCAAAACAAAGAGAACCCCCAUAACUGCACUGCAUAAUACUCUGUGUGUUUUCAUUUCGUGUGUGUGGGGGGCAAUGUAACAUCGCCAGCCGAGCCAGUGGAUCAAGGCCAGUGAUGCUAUCGUGCGAAGAACUUUCCUUCGUGGCUGCAGUGGAAAGCGUUCCCGGACCAUUAAAAGUGCACCACCGAUAGAGGGAACGAUCUCCAAACCAGCUGGCAGGCGGACAGAUAGACAGUUUUUUUUCUACUGCUCCUCUCUCGCUCGUCGGUCGAUUGCUAAUUGUCGAAUUGGUGGUGCUAGGGAAAGGGCACAGCGAACGAAAGAGAUAGAGAGAAGGGCAACUUUCAGCCUGUAGGGCCGUGCUUAUUACGUAUUAUUACAGUCUGCAUCGUGACGACGUGAAAUCUGCGGCCCCAAAGCAGGACCCACCAUUCCCAGCUAGGGGCAGUGCAUGUAGAGAAGCAAAAAAUGUCGUUUUAACGUGCGUGUGCGUGUUUGUGCGUGAAUGCAUUCGAAGUGCAUCGUCGUUGGGUGCAUCGCGAAGCGACGAUGAUGUGCGCUGCUGUUGCUGCUACUGGCAAGCGAGCCUGUGCUACGGAAGGGUUGCUUUGAUGCGGGCAGCUGCGAAUAGGCUGUGGUGGACAUUCACGGUGUCUGAGAGAGAUUGUUUGAAAGAAUGGAUCGCUGCUACCGUGGGUGCGGAAUCUCUUUGUUUGCAUACGCCGCUUUUGUUUACAUUGCGAAGAGUUGAAAGGAACGCACGGUGCAGUACAUACUACGCUACGACGAACUCUCGGUCAAGAACGGACGAGCGCCGAACGUCUGCAACGGAAAGGUACGAUCGGAGGAAACGAAUCCCCACCGCCUACUGAGGGCAACAUUGCACCACGGCAGCACGACCCUUUGUGUUUGCUGUCUGAACGAAGCAGGCAAGCCUUUGCGGAAAGCCCGGCCCAACCACACACAGCUGCCAUGAUGGCCGAUUUCGACGCAAUCUACGAGGAACAGGAGCUGUCGGAGGAGAACCACGAGGAAGCGCACGUACAGCUAGUUCCGGAUCCGAUUGUAAUCCGUGGAGCAGGCAAUAUGACAGUGUUUGGCUUAAGCAAUCGGUUCAACGUUCAGUUUCCAGCCGGUCUGGUUUCGCGCGUUGCACCGGAAGAGUUCAAAGCGACCGUGUUGCGGAUCAACGCCGUGCUAAAGAAGACGCUACCGGUCAACGUGAAGUGGCUGUUCUGCGGUUGCGUUUGCUGCUGCUGCACCUUAGGAUGUUCUCUAUGGCCUGUGAUAUGUUUAAGUAAGAGGACGCAGCACACGCUAAACAAACUGCUCGAGUGGGAAAACAGCCAUCUUUACCACAAGCUCGGACUGCACUGGCGCCUCAGCAAGCAGCAGUGCGACUCGAACUCGAUGAUGGAGUACGUGCUGCUAAUAGAGUUCAUACCGAAAACGCCAAUCUACCGGCCCGACUAGAUCUGGGAUGCACCUGGAGACGGAACGGUCCACGGCCGAAUGCCACGGUCGUCUGGUUCGCCGAGCCUCGGGGUGGCUGGCAUCCGAUUAUCAUUAUCGUUUGAUUUACUCUAGUAACACUACGGAAUACGUUUCACAAACACAGUCGCUAACACCCCACGGAGCAUAGGGCAGAUUUCGUGUUAACGAUCUUUAGUCAAUCAUUCAUAUCCAUACUCGAUAGCAAAAGGCUCGGCUCGGUUCUAUUUUAUUGUGUUUUAGUAAGGAGGUUAAGAAAGGUUAAGGAACAAAUCUAUCAAGCGCAUCGGCUUGAGGGAAAGUUGUAAUAAGCGUAAUAACAUUAAUAAUUAUAACAAAAAAGGGACGUUAGGAGUUUUGUAUAGUGUAUAGGAGAAGUUGUGGAACAGAGCCCGACACGGACCGUGGACAGUGGAUGCCGUCAUGCUGGCGGUUUGGAAAAGAUUGUGUUUUAGGAAGCAAAAUCCUGCGUGAGGCAACCCCUUAAAGAAAAACUGAGUAUUAGCCAAAAUAGAGUGCGCCACGCCCCGGUAACAGAGUAGGGUUUUCGUUUGUAAAUUGUUGAAGUAGAACAUUGGAGGACGUGUUUGUGUGGCGCCCGCGAAGGACGGUAGUACAUUUAUAGUUACCGUUUCGUCGAUGGUAUCAUACAAAAGCAAGGGUAUGUCUGCAUAUGAUUGGAACCUUCUCUCGACAGCUCACCCACGACCCUUCCGUCGAUCGCAUGUGCCAUCCAGUCCAGUCGGACGGAGACGGAGGAACUGUCCAAGCCAUUGGAGAGCAUGCACAAGUCUACUAAAGAAAACGCAACUUUAAAUAUGUGAUUUUGAAUUUUUCUAUGCUUCGUUAGCUUUACUGUGUUAUCUGUAGCCAGACAAGUUUUACUUUAGCCAUCAGUUUCGUGAAAAGAAUAGAGAAUAUUGUUCAGAUGUUCCGGUCAUACCACAAGUGUCCACAUGCUUAAAACAAUUCCGGAUAAUUGGUCGCAGGUGUCUUAGAUUGUUGUUGCAUCCAGAGGAAGCAGUGGGAUAGCAAGGGGCAGAGUUGGUGCGAACCGGAGACCUGCUGCUCAUAGGAUCCUCGUCGUCCAUGCAGGCUCGUCUACUAGGAGACGUCAUCGUCGUCAUGGUGAUUCUAAGUGAAAGGCUCUAAGGCAAAAUGAAAUGUUGAUGUAUCUCAAAACGCUCAUUGUGUUAAACAUGUGGACAUUUGUUGUAUGGCUAAACAUUGUACAAACUUUACCGUCACGCGUUCUUCAUUCUGGGGGUUAGUUUCCAAAAGUGGACAAGUGUGCUGUACAGAUUAGAAUCAACUUGCCGCACCGAGCAAGAGGAGCUUUCAACCCCACUCCUGUUUCUUUCCACUCUUGAUCAACCAGCAACGGCGCCUAAACACCCACAGAAACACAAAGUAAAUUGAACAAGUUGACAGAGCGGUGAAAAAUCCCGGGGAUGAACUAUAGUGUUAGGCUUUUUUAUACAGAGAUAGAGAGAAAAAGUGCUAGUGUAUGCGACAGCAAUUAGGGGUAACAAGUAAAUCAGCCGAUCAAGGACGGUAAUUAGGAAAAUCUGUUGAGGUAUCCCUUCUACAUACGCCUGUGGGGACUCUGCUGGGCGGUUGUUAUUUCAUCGAGAGAAAACUGUGCAACUGAAACGGGGAUAGGCAAAGGCUGAAGAGGCGCAGAGAGAGAGAGAAAGAGAGGGAAAGAGUACAAUGCAGUUACAAGAACGAGCCGUACGAAAUAAAAUGUUUUGAAAACUGAAAACAA